AGAGAAGUCAGUCGACUAUAAACUUGGGUGCGUAGUCAGCAUUCUAGUCUAAUCUCGGCACGAUAGAUCGACGGUUAACCGCGAUUGUCGUUCUUUGAAAAGUGCAACACGAGUUCUCGGUUUGUGCUGAUUAUUUCCGUAACGAUACUUUUCAAAGAAAAAUAUUUUCUAACGCGAAUGCGUUGAAAGUAUCAGUUCCAAAGCAAAAUUGCUGAAGAACUAUCGCUAGCAAAUAUGACGUUCAUCGGCCUGCUGAUUUUUCUCCUCUCUCUAUCAACAAUUAACGCACAAAAUGAGUGCUCGGAUCCGCGCGCUGUUUGCAUCAAUAUUCGCAACUGUCCAUCUCUUCUUGCCAUCCUGAGAGGAUCGAGACCGCUUUCGGCACAAACAGUACAAACUCUUAGGAACGCUCAGUGUGGCUUUCAAAACAAAGAUCCGUUGGUUUGCUGCGUGAAUAACGAGCAAUCAACGGCAAAGAAUGAUCCGGAUAACGAACCUGCUUUGCCGGAUGUCACGAAUCAUCCGAAUCUACGUUUGUUGAAUCAUCAGCUUUGCGGGCCUGCCGCUUACACCAAAAUACUUCGUAUCGAUGGAAUGAGUACCGGAAUCUUUGAGUACCCGUGGAUGGCGUUGAUCGCGUACAACACCCGAAAACGAAAUUUGGAUUUCCGUUGCGCCGGUACAAUCAUCUCGGAGCGUUAUGUUCUCACUGCCGCUCAUUGUGUUACACAACUUCCGGAAGGUGUCACACUGAUAGGUGUCAGAGUAGGAGAUCACGAUAUAAGCAAGGAACGCGACUGCGAGUACGACUACAACGGACUCGAAACCCAAUGUGCCGAGCGAUAUCAGGAUUUUACUGUAGAAAGUUUUCACUACCAUCCAGACUACUCACCAGCGCGGCUGCAAAAUGAUAUCGCGCUAAUCAGAUUAAAUGAUUCGAUAGAUUUCAAACCCUUGAAUGUCAGACCGAUUUGCUUACCUUUGGGUUCUGCGGCACCGCUGAAACAAAAAAAAGUCAUAGUGACCGGUUGGAACUUGACGGAUUCGCGCAGUCAUUAUCUCUUGCAAGCUAGAUUGCCACUGGUUACCCAGGAGCGUUGUCAAGAAGCGUAUGGAAAUUCAACCGGAUAUCAGAUUUCGUACAAACAGUUGUGCGCCGGUGGUCAAAACAACGUAAACUUUUGCGUGGGUGACAACGGCGGGCCUCAACAAACACCCGGUAUAUACGGCAACAAAGUAGUUCGCAUUAUUCAACACGGGAUAAUCAGUUACGGUUUAACUCACUGCGGAAUAGGAGAUGUUCCCAUAGUUUCUACAAGAGUUGCUUAUUAUACGGACUGGAUUCUCAACACCAUGACGGAUUAUCAGUUCCAGAGCAAAAUCGCUGAAGAACUACCGCUAGCAAAUAUGACGUUCAUCGGCCUGCUGAUUUUUCUCCUCUCUCUAUCAACAAUUAACGCACAACAUGAGUGCUCGGAUUCGCGCGCUGUUUGCAUCAAUAUUCGCAACUGCCCAUCUCUUCUUGCAAUCCUGAGAGGAUCGAGACCGCUCUCGACACAAGCAUUGCAAACUCUUAGAAACGCUCAAUGUGGCUUCGAAAACAGAGAUCCGCUGGUUUGCUGCGUGAAUAACGAACAAUCAACGGUAUCAGAGACACAGACAGAUGCGGAUAACGAACCUGCUCCGCCGGAUGUCACGAAUCAUCGGAAUCUACGUUUGUUGAAUCACAAGAUUUGCGGACCCAUCACUCAGCCGAAAAUAUUCGGUGGUAACAAAACCGGAAUCUUCGAGUUCCCGUGGAUGGCGUUGAUCGCGUACAACACCGGAAGACGGAAUCCGGAGUUCCGUUGCGGCGGUACAAUAAUCUCGGAUCGUUAUGUUCUCACUGCCGCUCAUUGUGUUACACAACUUCCGGAAGGUGUCACACUGAUAGGCGUCAGAGUAGGAGAUCACGAUAUAAGCAAGGAACGCGACUGCGAGUACGACGAGAACGGACUCGAAACCCAAUGUGCCGAGCAAUAUCAAGAUUUCACCGUAGAGAGUUUUCAUUACCAUCCGGACUACACAUUAGCGCGUCUGCAAGAUGACAUCGCGCUCAUCAGAGUAAAUGACACGAUAGAUUUCAGACCCUUGAGUGUCCGACCGAUUUGUUUACCUUUUGGUCCUGCGGCAACGCUGGAUCAAAAAAGAGUAAGAGCCAUAGUGACUGGUUGGGGCGCGACGGAAUUGGGUACGCGCAGUCGGGAUCUCUUGCAAGCGAAGUUGCCACUGGUUACUCAGGAGCGUUGUCAACAAGCGUACAGAGGUAGAACUCAGAUCUGGUACAAGCAACUUUGCGCCGGUGGUAAAAACAACGUGGACUCGUGCGCGGGUGACAGCGGCGGUCCUCUUCAAGCACCCGGUAAAUACGGCAAAACAGUGCGCACCGUUCAACACGGUAUAGUCAGUUACGGUUUGAAGCAGUGCGGCAUAGAAGGUUUCCCCGGAGUCUACACAAGGGUUGCUUAUUACGUGGACUGGAUUCUCAAUACCAUGAGAGAUUAGGCUCCUCGCAGAGGGCUGGGAAUGCGCAUCCGAGACUUUCCUUCUCAUCGCGAAAAUACGAAUUCAAAAUACAAUAUUUUGUACAUUAAUUGCUUUUUUUUUUUUAUUGCUCUCUUUUUAAGACUGAAAUGUCUUACUGCCGAUGUGAUCCGUUCUAACACACUCUGAUUCUUUCGUGUGACGUUUUUUUCAUUCACGAUAGACGCUGAUGAGCCAUGUUGCAAAAGUUGCUUUAAAAUAUACGUAACGUAUAAAGAGCGAAUUUUUUAAUGUUUUUUUUAUACAAAAGAAAAUGUUUAUUGUAUUUGCGUGACUGUAUGUGUGUGUCACUGAGUGUGUGACUUAUGAAAGUUUUUUUUUAUAAAGCGAUAUUUAAAGUAUCUUUUAUAAAGAGUGCGAGUGAUUUAUGUAUCUUUUAUAAUGUGAUUUUAAAUCAGAAAUAAAUAAACCUUAUAUGUGUAAUUU